GUAAUGUCUGCCUUGAAUAUUCAAUUCGGUAGGACACUACGAAGGUUGGCACCGUAUUUUGUACGUAUUUUGACUUAUAAAUACUGUAUUAGCCACUCGCUAAGCUAAAGGUCAGAUAGUGGCCUGUCUACUAAAUUUAGGUGGCUUACCACUAUAUUUAUAGCGACAUCAGCCACUAUAACUUAAAUAAGACCGUGCAGUUUCUUUUUUACUUGCACGCAGCUUUGCCAAGCUCAGAUGUGCGAAACUUUUGGCCUGUAAUGCAUCCUUUUAUCUUCAUUGUGGUACAUCUUCGUGUAUAUAACCGAUGCCGAUCCGAUAUGUAGCUCACCAGUAAACGGCACCGUUUUUUAUCUAGCAGUCUGGGCACUCGGUGGCGUGCCGAUCAAGUCGAUACCUUUAGGUUGUUACCGCGGGGCUAUGUCCGGGGCUAUGUCAAGGCAUCGGCUCGGCAUCAGCAUCAACAUCAACGGACAGUCAUAAUAACAAACACUAGCCUACUGAUCAUUUCCAUAUGCUCUCUUCUUGAUUUCUCAAUGUCUUUACCGUUGCAUAAAUAUUCGUCUCGUUCACUAUGGCCAACGACGAAAAGAGGUCCUGGUCAUCGCGCCUCUCCUUCUUUCGCACCAAGAGAGCCAUCUUCACUUUGGCCUUGAUGGUUAUUAUAUCUGCCGUGUUGAUCGCUCUCGGUGCCACGCACAUACUUCGACCCAAGACAGAUAUCAGCGAUGACGACGAUCAGCAACCAAGUGAUAUUAACAGUACGGCCAACGGCAUCCUGACCGCGCCGGGCAAUUGGAGGCCGGAGAAUUCCAGCAGCAUCGCUAACGGCACGCCCUUGCGUAUCAUGUCGCUCGGCGCCUCUCUAGUUCGAGGUGAAUUCUCGACUGGCGAUGUCGGCUUUCGCAAGACGAUGCGCGACGAACUGGUCGAUCUUGGCGUACCUGUCAAUAUGGUCGGAUCCCAACGCUUCGGCGACAUGCUUGAUAACGAUCUCGAGGCGUACGGCGGCAACCGCGUCAGCCAGAUUCACGAGCAUGCCACGCAUAUAGUCCCCCAGCUACAGCCCAACUUAUUUCUCAUACAGGUGGGAACAAAUAAUGUUCUACAAAAUCGAGACGUUGACAAGGCCGGCGCGCAUAUGGAGGACUUUAUCAACUACCUAUUGAAGGCGUCGACGCGGGCUACCGUCAUAUUCAGCACCUGCUUGACCAACACGGUUCCCGAUUGCGAGCCCAAGAUCCUUGACGUCAACAAGCAGUACCGAGAUGUCAUCAAGAAGUUUGGUUCGAAGCCCGUUUUGCUGGCCGAGAUGCAUCCCAGCGAAGGCUUUCCCGACCGACCUCAGGCUGCAGACAUCGGACCGGACGGUACGCACCCGACGGACUACGGAUAUGACCUGAUGGGACGCAUCUUCACGGAGAGCAUCCAGGAGGCAGACAGGAAAGGUUAUCUCCGAUGGCCGGUCGAAAACGGGCUCGAAAAGGACGGAGACGUAGGACGAGCCGAAGAGACUACGACGACUCCAGAACUCCCACCCCCGACUAUAGAAGUCCAUCGUUGAAACCGUAGCCAGUCUCGAGCACUUCGUAUACGUUAUAUCGCGUUAGUCGAGCCGAGUCGAGUCGAGUCGAGUACUUCGUAUAUCACAAUUUAACGGUAGUACUCAUUUAAGGACGUAGCCCGAAGAGAUGCUUCAAUCUCCGGAUACCCCGCAACUUGGAUCGGCUAGGCACUGCCUCCGUAACGAGACUAAAUAUGAUCGAAAUCGCGACGUCGCGUUGCUAGAGGGAGACUAGGAUUUUGAAACGUAACUCCCAGCCCAUACUAUGUAGACCUAUCAUAGUAACUACGUAGAAUACCUAACACUUACAUGGAUCCAGCUUUUUUACGAUUGUCUUCCAUCACGAUAUCGGA